AUGAAUUCUUAAGCGUAUCUCCUGCUUAUAAACUAGCAAUUAGAAAAAUAAUACAAUAUGUCCUCUUCAUAUAUCAGCAAUAAAGAAACAUAAAAAAAGUUUCACUCAAAAGAAAUAAAACUUAGACCAAAAAUCGACUAUCAAAUAACUAAUUUUAAAAGAUUCAAGUUAAGCUCUGACCUGUCUUACAUGAUUGUUAAUAAUAAUAACAAUAAUAAGAGCAUUAAACCUAAUAAAAUCAAUGCUAAUAGUAUUUAUAUUAAUCAAAAUAAUGAAAACCCAACAAUAAAUUUGAAAAUUGAAGAGCCUUCAAACAAUAAUACUUAUUAAAAAAGUGAGCCCAGUGCUGUAUCCUAUGAUAGGUAAAAAGUAAUUCAAGCUCAUAAAAAAUCUAAUAUCUGUGGUUAUAAAUUACAUUAAUAAUUAUAAUUUUACUAAUACGAAAAUUUAAAAAGCAUAUUUUCAUAAACAUUUUAAUUUGAAAUAGAAUUAUUGAAAAAUGCUGAAAAGUGUGAAAAUUUAUAACUUUUUAUGUAAUUUUAUGAUCCAUCAGUGAUUUUAAUAAACAGCAACCAAAUUUAGUAAUUUUUGGCUUAGUAAAAAUAAACCAAUUAAUCUAAUCUAAAUGAUGUCUAACUAUAAAUUGCUAAACCCCGCUUUAGCUUUAAAAAUGCCAUUAAAAUAUAAUUUAAAGAAAUGAGAGAAGAUGAAUCGCUGAAAGUUAAAAAAGCCCUUAAGAAUUUAUUUUAUCUUUACUUAAAUGGAGAUUAUAGAGGUAUUAACGAAAGUUUUAGUUUGAGAGAAGAAGAGCCAGAAAAUUGGGAAAAAGCAAUCAGUAACCGCUAUGUUAGCUAUAAGUAUAAAUCAAAGCACAUUAAUUUUGAUUACUGUUCAAAGAAAGCAGAUGAAUUAAGCAAUGACUCUCCAACAAGAAGAGAAAAAAUUGAAAAUUAAUUUUCAUUUGAUAUUAAAAACCUUGAUAAGGAAGAUAAAGAAACGGAAGAAAGAGACAAAAAGCAAGUAAUUUAUAAUAAGUCUAAAUAUGUGAUGUAGUUUCUUUUAAAACUACUUGAUUUAGAUCAUUUAGAGUAUCUGAAAGUGCCAGAAGGAUUCUAAAACAAAAUAUAAUCUAUCAAAGAAAGCAUUAAGGAGACAAGUAAAAGAAAUAAACUGAGUCAAAGUCAAUUCUACAACCACACUCACUUUGAUUGCCUAUUUCUUCAAAUCACCGAAGCGAAUGAUCAUUAUGUCCACAGUAGCGAAGAGCUAUUGAAAAUGCAUUGUACAGUUUUUGAUGUAGCAGAUUUGGUUGAUAGCUUUACAAUAAAUACAGUAAAUUUCUAUAAAGAGCUUGUGACAUAGAUAAUCAUAGAAUAGAUACACCUUAUACGCUCGCAAAUCAUACCGCAGUUGGCUGUGCAUACUCUUUCUUUUAAAUCAUCAUCCAAACUUAAAUAUUUUGAAAGAAUAUGUGACUCUAUCGAAAAGUUGAAAGAAGGCUAAAUAAUAAGCAAAUUUUGA